AUGCGGAUCCUACUUAUCUUAUUAUUCGUGGCGCCAGUCGUUUAUUCGACGGCUGUUGGUGUUGUGAGUGGAGAAGGACACAAGAAGAAUUGUAAGCGAGCAAAGGCGUUCGCUCUCGGAACCCGAAGUGCAAAUGGAAUCAACGCCGUCGACUUCGAGGACCGUAUCCUCCGAAAACCCGUCCAAAAAGUGUACUUCUGGCCGAGUCUAACAGAUUUCGAGAAGAACGUCCUUCGCGAAGCAUUCGUUCAAAUCGGACGUCGUACUUGUGUGAAGUUCGAGGAACAAGAGUACAAGCCAUGGUAUCACGCGGAUCGAUGGGACGCCAACUCACCGCACGUCUUGAUUCGAAAAUCCGGAAAAUUCGCAGCGUAUUCGGAUGCAGUGGUAGAGGGACUGGUGGAUCGGACGAUUCUUUAUGUGGCACAAUCCUCGUUUGAGACGAGUAAUUUCAAUAAUUCAAGAGGGAUGGUCAUGGAUCAGUUGGUCAGGUUUAUGGGCUUGCAGAGGGAGUUGUAUAGACCCGAUGCGGUUUCGUAUGUGCAGGCGAUCAGACUCCGAAUGUCUGUCACGAUGCUCGGGUGUCCAGAUGUCGGAAAACGUCAUGAGUGUUGUGGACAUCAGGACAUCUGGAAAUACAGACAGACAUACAUCAGACAGCGAAAAUUAAACGUCAUUCUGAAGGUCCCGAUGUCUGCAGAUCGCGGCGGAAUCCCAAACCUCGGCACUCCCGACUACAACCCCAUCCAACUCACGUGGCCAUUCGACCCGGAAAGUAUUACAGUACCCCUAUGGGCCCGCGAGAAAUUCCGUCUGACACCCUACUGUCCGGCUAGAAAUGACGCGGAUAUCGGAGCCGGUCAACGAGUCGGCCUACUGACUAAAUGGGAUACGGUGAAACUGAAUAGUAUGUACUGUCCGGAUAAAGUGGUGGACGCUGAUCCGUCGAGGGGACCGUGUGUCGUCCCAAGGUCGAAGGAUCUGGAUAGUUUUAAAAAGAGAUUGUGGGCUUAUAAGAGAUUAUUGGCAAAGAAUACGAAGAGAAGGAAGGCGAAGGCGAAGGUUGUUAAGAAGCAUAAGACCGUAUGA